AUGGCAGGAUUUUUCGAAGAGAACGCCAAUGCCCUGGUGGGCGCCGAAAACGUGGGGCACAUAGAACAUCGGACCGGAAGCACCGACAUGGGCGACGUCAGCUACCUGAUGCCGGUGAUCCAUCCCUAUGUCGGUGGGGCAACGGGUAUCGGGCACGGUGCAGAUUAUGUGGUUCAGGACUAUCAGCUAGCGGUAAUAACCGCAGCGAAGGCAAUGGCGGGCACGGUGAUCGACCUGAUGUCCGACGGAGCCGGUGAAGCCAGAAAGGUAAUCGCCAACCACCGCCCCGAGAUGACCUCACGGCAAUACGUGAACUUCAUGCGUUCGCUGGCAUCGGAAGCAUCCUACACCGAAGCCUGA